GGUCGUAGAGUAGUGGUGAUGGUAUAUCGCGCAUGCGCCUGGACAGGGAGACGGAGAGGAGACCUUCAGCUGGGGACAGAGCCAUGGCAGUACCACCAAGCUACGCAGACCUGGGCAAAUCUGCCCGCGAUGUUUUCAACAAAGGAUAUGGGUUUGGGCUAGUGAAGUUGGAUCUCAAAACAAAAUCCUCCAGUGGAGUGGAGUUCACAAGCAGCGGAUCUUCAAACACUGAUACGGGCAAAGCAUCUGGAAACCUGGAGACAAAGUACAAGAUGAAGGAGGCAGGAAUCACCUUCACCCAGAAGUGGAACACGGACAACACUUUAGGAACCGAGGUCGCCAUAGAAGACAAGUUGGCGAAGGGCUUGAAGCUGGCGCUGGACAGUACAUUUGUACCCAAUACUGGUAAGAAGAGUUCCAAACUGAAGACCUCCUACAAGAGAGAGUAUGCCAACCUAGGGAUGGAUAUUGACCUGGACCUGGCUGGUCCCACUAUAUAUGGCUGGGGAGUCCUGGGCUACCAAGGUUGGCUGGCUGGCUACCAGAUGGCCUUUGACACUGCCAAGUCCAGGCUGGCACAGAAUAACUUUGCAUUGGGCUACACAGCGGGAGAUUUCCAGCUGCACACAAACGUGAAUGAUGGCACAGAGUUCGGAGGUUCUAUCUACCAGAAGGUCAAUAAGGAUGUGGAGACCUCUGUGAGCCUGGCAUGGAGUGCAGGAAGCAACAACACUCGCUUUGGUAUUGGAGCCAAGUACCAGCUGGACUCAAACACCACAGUAUCUGCCAAAGUAAACAAUGCCAGCCUGAUUGGAGUAGGCUACACACAGACCCUGAGACCUGGGGUGAAGCUGACCGUGUCUGCUCUGAUCAACGGGAAGAACUUUAGCUCCGGAGGCCACAAGGUGGGGCUGGGAUUUGAGCUUGAAGCAUAAAGUUGGAGUAGGUCGUCUAUGAAGAUCCACCAGCCCUGACCCUUCUCCCCUCCAGAGACUCCCACGAAACAGAUGUCACGUACACACAGAGCAUGAGAUGUGCGAGCAGUGCUGAGAGGUGUCCUGUAUCUUAAGGAGCAGAGGUUCACAUGGCUGCAGGAACAGACAACACUGCCCCCGGUGGCCAUCUUGACAUCCUUCUCAAGGGUCUGCAGAGUUGUAGUAAAGCCAUAAAUACCCCUUUAGAAAACUUCCCAUCCCCCCGGUCUCUCUUCCAGCCACGUUAGGUCAUUCCGUUCCCACAUACACUACCUGGCCUUGGUUUAAGAAGCCGCAUCGUCAGUUUACUGGAACCUAUGUAUUGUGGUCUAGUUCUCGUAAUAGAUCAUGGCACCCUAAGUUUAUUGCACUACCCCCACCCCCCCCAAAAAAUAGCUGCUUUACCAUGGAAGUUGUGUGGGAGAAGGGUCCCUGCUCUUUACUACAGGGAGGAGCAGCAGUUCACGCCCCAUCGUCCAGAGUGUUCUCAUGAAGUUACUGAAUAUAUGAAUUAUUGUAAUAAAGAUGGCCACCUGCACAUUGGAUUAAG